CAUCCAUUCUGCUGUUUCUGACUCCAGGAGACUCCUCACAUCAGCAACAUGGCUCCCAAGAAAGUCGAGCCCAAGAAGCCAGAACCCAAGAAGGCUGAGCCCAAGAAAGAAGCCGCCCCGGCUCCGACGGCCCCCAAACCGGCUCCUCCGCCAGAGCCCGAAGUUAUCGUCGAACCCGCAUUCGAUCCCAAGUCCAUCACGCUGGAGUACAGCGCGGACCAGAUCGAAGAGUUCAAAGAGGCGUUCCAGCUGUUCGACCGCACGCCGAAAGGUGAAAUGAAGAUUACGUACGCCCAGUGCGGGGACGUGAUGCGAGCCCUGGGCCAGAACCCGACCAACGCAGAUGUGCUGAAGGUCCUGGGAAAGCCCAGACCGGAGGAAAUGAACGCCAAGCUGGUGGACUUCGAGACCUUCUUGCCGAUGCUGCAGCACAUCUCCCGCUCCAAGGAGCAGGGCAACUUUGAGGAUUUUGUGGAAGGACUUAGAGUUUUUGACAAGGAGGGCAACGGGACCAUCAUGGGGGCCGAGCUUCGGCACGUCCUGGCCACGCUGGGAGAGCGGAUGACCGAGGACGAGGUGGAUCGACUGAUGGCCGGGCAAGAGGACGCCAACGGCUGCAUCAAUUAUUCUUCAUUUGUCAAACACAUCCUGUCAGGUUGAACUGGAUUGGACAGUGUGGGUAAAAUAAGAAAACUAUUUAUCAUUGCAUUGCUCUGAAAUGUGUCAAUCACAUUGUUUGAAUAAUAGCAUUUAAAAUGUCAAACAAACACUCUCUUUGCCUACAGGACUUUUUUUUGACUCAUUUGAAUAUGAUGGCAUAUGUCAACAAUAAAAACAAACAGAUUGGCAUGGA